UCUAGAUCUACGAGAUGCGUACGAUUAAAGCAAAACACUACAAAGAAGUUUAUGUAAUGUGCUUUUCAGAUUAUCUGCGCGCACCUUGUUGUUAGUGCGAGUAUCUAAAUUUUCUAGCUAAAAGGUAUAUUGCCUAUCGUUCCUGAUUGUCUGCAGUUGUAUCCCAUAAUAUUGUUUCGCAUUAAUGCAACCAGGUAUUAAAAAUGUACGGGAUUUUCUGUUUCGAGAACCUGCAGAAAUUGGUUUACCAUGCUUGCGAUGAGGAGCUGCUUGGGUUGAUUACACAAAGUCUCCAGCGGAGAUCCAGUGGAUGUUCAUCGGAUUUAAAUAGGGAUGACAACUGGAAGAAUGAUUCUGUGGAAGAUAUUAGCUACUUCUUCACGCCACUUUUGGCAUCGCACAUGUUCCUGGCUUCCGAGCUAUCCGAUGGUUUUCGUAUUAUGGAAGGUACCAACAACAUUCAUCUGCUUUUCUUCCGCGUGAUGGAAUUAACAUGCAUCCUGGCCUCCACGCUUCCGUUCCAUUAUGUGACAUUCUUGGGAUUAACUAUUAAACGGCUGUUUCGAAUGGGAUUCGUAUCAUUCCACUCCAACAUUUUCCUUGACGAUGGAGAUCAGGAUCCCGCUGACGAAUACUGGCUAAUUAAGAAUGCGGUAAAAAAUUUGGAAAGAUUCGCCAAGGAAGAGCCGACUUGCAUCUUUCAACUUGCAGAACACGUUUUCCUUCCGGAAAGCAUAGUAGAAAGCUGUGAGUCGGCCUUAAAAAAGAUCCUCAAUCUGGACCCUUUCAAAUACUCUAUCGAGGAAAUAAACUUGUAUUGCAUGGGAAAGGUUAUAACUGCUCAUUCUCAUCACCGCAUUGAUUCCGAGAACACCAUUGAUUUUCAAGAUGCUACGUUAUUAUCCAUGUUGCUGGAUUUUUCUUCCUCAUCAGUCUCUGAAUAUUCAUCCGCAGGAAACAAUGUCCGACAAGUGAUCCAUCUGGAGGACAAGGAUUCCACAAGUCCCAGUUCUUCCUGCGCAAAUUCAUCCAGUGGAUCUUUCGCGCCACUGCCCAGCUCGGAUACGGUGAACUUUAAGAGCAUACCAUCCAUAUCCGUCAUGCCGAACUGGUCAUCUUUUUACGCUGCUCUUCCGCCACAGUAACGGCGCUAUUCGACCGCACCGGGUGCACGUGCUAAAAAUUUCCCCAUCCUUUCAUCUCGCAUUAAUAGGCCGAGCUCAAAGCGGAAACUUGGUGUCGUAUUUGUAUGAUGCCCUCCAGAUUAUGGUAACCCAUGUGCACUCAACCAAGUACCAAGAAUCUCAGUCCAGCAAAAAAGAAAUGCUCAAACUUUUGGAGAUUAUGGAAAAAGUUAUCCGUGCUCCGGAAUAUAAAAAGUUGUCCCUCGGCGCCCAGAAUGUGGUCUCAAAUUUGCGCACGAUUUUAAAGAACUCACACUUUCCGAUUUCCUCUACCUGGCUAGCUCAGUCUGCAACGUAUACAGAACAGAUAAAACGCAUAAUUAUCUCCUACAUCAGCUCCAGUUGCCUGGAUCCUCAUGGGAACAAUGAAUGGCGGAAUCUCAUGCUGGGGAUGAAGACCGCUCAACAAAUUAUUUCUGAACGUUUGAGAGAUAUGAAUUCGUUCAUCACAGCCAAGCUGGCGUCCAAAAUCGCAAUCUCCGACGUACUGCGAGAUGCCGGUGACGUUAAACAUUUUGUUUUUGUGGAUCGCCAGGCAGAAUUUUGUCUGUCACCAUCACUAGCGGAAAGCAGCCGUAGUAUGAUAUUGAAUGACAUCAAUUUAAUUUUGGAUCUCAUUCCAACGCGAACAAGAUCGCUGCAACAACCAAUCAUAGUGGAAAAUCAUGGGCGAGUGUGUGCGUACAGUCAAUUCGACGCAAUCAGAACAAGCCAACCAGCACCAGCAAGUACGAAAACCCCUCACCGCUACGAACUGUUCACGUGGCAUAUCCCCUCCACUUCCGGCAAUCGCAUACGCAACCUGCAGCAACGACUCAUCGACCGGCUCACUCAACUGACCACAACAACAUCCGCCCGACCGCGAAAACAGCAAUCUUUAAUAACACGCUUGUUAUAUUGAUAAUGACGUGUAUCUUGAGCUGAUUUUGACAUUUAUUUAUUUAUUUUGGCAUGUAUACUUCGCGUUCCGAAAUAAUUGCUCACAAGUCAAAAUGUUCUGCAUUUCUUAAAAUUCAAAUUAAUUGCGGCAAGUCUAAAAAAUUUUUGCAGCCGUUUUUCAGAAUGUAUUUCGUAUUCGGAAUAGUAAAC